UGACGGCUAAUUGUCACUCUGCAGCCGUCGUCAACACACGGGAUGAAUCGGACUAAUUGGGCGUGCUGACACAGAUAGUCCUGUCACCGACCGGUUAAAGGUGAUGAAAAUACAGAAGUAACGGCUCUGCUUCACACGGUUGCUGCCAGUGUGAUGGCUGCAGUCUGAGGAGGUCGACCUGUGGACUUUAACGACACACAAUCACACAGGAGGAGGAAGACGAGGAAGAGGAGAAGAAGAAGAAGACGAAGGAGAAGAAGCCGGCUGGAACCAUGGCGAAGUAUCACUGGCAGAGUCAGAAUGUCAAACAAAGCGGCGUGGACGACAUGGUCCUGCUGUCCAAGAUCACAGAGGACGCCAUCGUGGAGAACCUCAAGAAACGAUACAUGGACGACUACAUCUUUACGUACAUCGGUCCUGUGCUCAUUUCGGUGAACCCUUUCAAACAGAUGCCCUACUUCACCGACAGAGAGAUCGAGCUGUACCAGGGAGCGGCCCAGUACGAGAACCCCCCCCACAUCUACGCCCUGACUGAUAACAUGUACAGAAACAUGAUGAUCGACGGGGAGAACCAGUGCGUCAUCAUCAGUGGUGAAAGUGGAGCUGGAAAAACGGUUGCUGCCAAAUACAUCAUGGGCUACAUUUCCAAAGUGUCUGGAGGAGGAUCCAAAGUUCAGCAUGUGAAGGACAUCAUCCUCCAGUCCAACCCUCUGCUGGAGGCCUUCGGAAACGCCAAGACCGUCCGCAACAACAACUCCAGUCGAUUUGGUAAAUACUUUGAGAUUCAGUUCAGCAGAGGAGGAGAACCAGACGGCGGCAAAAUCUCAAACUUUCUGCUGGAGAAAUCGAGGGUGGUGAGCCAGAAUGAGAACGAGAGGAACUUCCACAUUUAUUAUCAGCUGAUAGAGGGCGCCAGUGCUCAGCAGAAGGAGGGCCUGGGCAUCAUGACCCCAGACUAUUAUUACUACCUCAACCAGUCUGGGACCUACAAAGUAGACGGAACCAACGACAGCAAAGACUUCCACGAGACUAUGGAGGCCAUGCAUGUGAUUGGGAUCCCAGGGGACAUCCAGGCUCAGGUGCUGCAGAUCGUCGCAGGUAUCCUCCACCUUGGAAACAUCAGCUUCAUAGAGGCUGGAAACUACGGCCAGGUGGAGAGCACGGACCUGCUGGCCUUCCCGGCCUACCUCCUGGGCAUCGACCCCAACCGUCUGCAGGACAAACUGACGAGCCGGAAGAUGGAGUCCAAAUGGGCGGGAAAGUCUGAGUCCAUCAACGUGACCCUGAACCAGGAACAGGCCACGUACACCCGCGACGCCCUGGCCAAAGCGCUCUACGCCCGCCUCUUUGACUACCUGGUGGAGGCCAUAAAUAAAGCCAUCCAGAAACCACAUGAAGAAUUCAGCAUCGGGGUUCUGGACAUUUACGGCUUUGAGAUUUUCCAGAAAAACGGAUUUGAGCAGUUCUGCAUCAACUUCGUCAACGAGAAACUGCAACAAAUCUUCAUAGAACUCACACUGAAGGCAGAGCAGGAAGAGUAUGUUCAGGAGGGCAUCAAAUGGACUCCUAUUGAAUAUUUCAACAACAAAAUUGUGUGUGACCUCAUUGAAAAUAAAUUGAAUCCUCCUGGUAUCAUGAGCGUCCUGGAUGAUGUCUGUGCCACCAUGCACGCCAAAGGAGAAGGUGCAGAUGGAACUCUGCUGCAGAAGCUGCAGGCGGCGGUGGGAACGCACGAGCACUUCAACAGCUGGAACUCAGGCUUCGUCAUUCACCACUACGCUGGGAAGGUGUCGUAUGACAUUAACGGCUUCUGUGAAAGAAACCGCGACGUGCUUUUCACCGACCUCAUCGAACUCAUGCAAAGCAGCGAAUUUGACUUCAUCCGCAGCCUGUUCCCUGAAAACCUCAACACUGAUAAGAAGGGCAGGCCCACCACAGCCAGCUCCAAGAUCAAGAAACAAGCUAAUGACCUGGUGAACACACUGAUGAAGUGCACUCCUCACUACAUCCGCUGUAUCAAACCCAACGAGACGAAGCGUCCCAAAGACUGGGAGGAGAGCAGAGUGAAGCAUCAGGUCGAAUACCUGGGACUGAGAGAAAACAUACGCGUACGAAGAGCUGGAUUCGCCUAUCGAAGAGUCUUCAACAAGUUUCUGAUGAGGUAUGCCAUUCUAACGGCUGAGACGUGGCCCUACUGGAGGGGUCCAGAGCAGCAGGGGGUCCUCCACCUCCUCCGAUCCGUCAACAUGGACAACGACCAGUACCAGAUGGGACGCUCGAAGGUCUUCGUUAAGAACCCGGAAUCUCUUUUCCUUCUGGAGGAAAUGAGGGAGAGGAAGUUUGACACCUUUGCUAGAAUCAUCCAGAAGGCCUGGAGGAGGUUCAUCGCCAGGAAGAAGUACGAACAGAUGAGAGAGGAGGCCUCAGACAUCCUGUACAACUCCAAGGAACGGAGGAGGAACAGCAUCAACAGGAACUUUGUGGGUGACUACCUGGGUUUGGAAGAGAAACCUGAGCUCAGACAGUUUCUGGCCAAGAGAGAACGAGUCGACUUCGCUGAUUCUGUCACCAAGUUUGAUCGCAGGUUUAAGUCUAUCAAGAGAGAUUUAAUCUUGACCCCCAAAGGCAUCUAUUUGAUUGGACGAGAGAAAGUGAAAAAAGGACCAGAGAAAGGACAAAUAAAGGAGGUCCUCAAGCGUAAACUGGAGUUUGGCAGCAUCAGCAGUGUGUCGCUCAGUACAAGACAGGACGAUUUCUUCAUCCUGCACGAGACCCAGUACGACAGUCUGCUGGAGUCCAACUUCAAGACGGAGUUCCUCAGCCUUCUGUCCAAACGUUAUGAGGACGCCACCAAGAGAAAACUGACAAUCUCCUUCACUGACAGGCUGGAGUUCAGAGUGAAGAAGGAAGGCUGGGGAGGAGGAGGCAGCAGGGUCGUGGUCUUCCAAAGGGGUCAAGGGGAUCAGGCUCAGCUGAAACCUGGUGGGAAGACCCUCACCAUCACGAUAGGAGACGGUCUCCCCAAGUCAUCGAAACCAACGAGGAAGAGUGCUCCUCAGUCUCAUGGCAGAGGACGAACCCACGUACCACACCAAGCUCACCAGAACGGAGCAGCUAAGUUCUCCCGAGCCCCUCACAACCAAGCCUCAGACAUCACCUACACCACCCCCCACAGGCAGGGCCAGCGCCCCAAUGCUGCCCUCCCUAAACUGGGACCCCACGUAGGCCAGAGAGCCCCCAGACCCCUGUCCCAAAACCAGUUCAACCAAGGGAACCUGGACUUCCUGAACGUGCCGGACCAGGGCAUGUCAGGAAAGCAGAGGAAGAAGAGCAUCAGUCAGCGUCCUCCACCAGCUCCUAAACCUCAUUCCCGUCCUCAGGGGCCUCAGUGCCGGGCGUUGUACCAGUACAUCGGCCAAGACACUGACGAGAUCAGCUUCGAGGUCAACGACGUCUUCGACCUCGUCAAACAAGAUCCGUCCGGCUGGUGGACAGGAAGGAUCCGAGGACGGGAAGGACUUUUCCCCGGUAAUUAUGUGGAAAAGAUUUGAUCCUUUGGGAAACGUGACGUCAUGUGUUGAAAGUAGCACAAACUGUUGGCUCUCCAACUGCCUGUGGAUCCUUCAUGUCCGUCCACAAUAGGAACAGGGUGGGUUACUAACAUUUGAGCCAUAUAUAACUUGUUUUGACAGUGAGACGUACAAGGCGAGCGCGGCGCUGUCGUGGCCGUGAUGGUUAAAAACACAGACGCACAGAGCUGCUCAGGUUUCAUCUCUGUUGUUGUCUCACAAUGUCCUGCUCUGAAUGACCUAGCAACAAGAUCUUUGACUCCUGCAACAGCUUUUUUUUUGAGCCAUUACUUUAGGCCAAAGCUAAAGUUACAGCUCUAACCAAAGAGACCCUGUGAAAUACUGCCUUGCUUUCUGGUGUAAAGUGUUUACAUUUCCCUGACGCUUGUCUCCAGAGCAACGUUUAGCGUCGCUCUGAUUCUCGAUGAAGACGACAACAAAUAAAAUCGAGUACAAAAAGACAAGUGACUGUUACAUUUGCUUCGAAGCUUCAGAUGAAUCAAAGCUGUUCAUAGAGACAAACUUCUAAUGUCACUUUACUCGUGGAUUAUCAUUUAUGUUCUAAUUCAUCUCAAUAAAUAACAAUGAUAUUGUCAUAGUGUUACCUCACAGGUUUUUACACUGGUCUAAGUGGCUUCAGUAAAGUUAUAUGAGAUUAAAAAAAAAUAGCACUGAAUAAUGUUCAUCAAGUGUUCGUUUCUGCUGAAUUUGCAUUUUAUUUUUUUAUGUGUGGUUGAUGUUGUAAAGUGAUGUGAUUCGUUCACCGUUGAUCGAGACAUAAUUUUGUACAUGAAUAACAAAGCAAUAAAUGGGGUUAAAACUCUGA